UCCCGGCGGAGGCUUAUCAUCGCGGACUGUUGCACCUCUCAGUCUACUAACAAGCAGACAGAGAGGAGGGGAAGGAAGGAAAGGAGAGCUGUGGUCAUGGACUCUGGAUUAGGGACUCUGGAGCUACUAGGUGUGUUUUUCUCGCUGGCCGCCAGCUUGUGUUCGCUGGUCACCCUCAUGAUGCCGCAGUGGCUCACGCUCUCCACCGAGCUCUUGCCAACCGAAAACUUCCAGCUGGGACUUUGGGAAACCUGCGUGGUUCAAGAUCUCGGGUUCACCGAGUGCCUACCCUACAAUAGUCUACUGGGUCUCCCGGCGGACAUCCGACUGGCCCGAAUCCUGAUGUGCACCACUUUGGCGACGGGUUUAAUGGGUCUGUUAUUCGCCAUCCCGGGCAUCAACUUGGUGAACGGCUGCAGGCGCACGGAGAGCUUCAAAGUCAAAAGAGCCUUGAAGAUGCUUGGAGGGAUCCUCAGCAUCGUCGCAGGCGUCCUCGGGCUUGUGCCCGUCUCGUAUGUCGCGCAUCUGACGGUCCUCCGGUUUUUUGACGAAAGCGUGCCGAGAGUGGUUCCUCGAUGGGAGUUUGGAGAUGCGCUCUUCCUUGGAUGGACAGCCGGGUGUUUGCAUCUGGCGGCUGGUUCCUUGUUGGUCACUUCAUGCUUGUUUUUGCGGGACGAAACGUGUUUGCACCAGUCUAUAGCGCUAAACAGAACUCAUAUGACCCGUCCAGAACGAUCUCCACGCGGGAGGACAGAAUAUGUGUGAGAUUUUUGAGGAAAACACACUGUUUUGCUUCAACUAAUCAGUUAUUCAAAGAUUGUAAAUAUAAUGCUGCUGUUUUUAGUUUUUUGGGCAGAUCCUAUUGUGAAUCAUUUUAUAAGCUCAAACCCAAAUCUGCAUGUGAAUGUGAUUCUAAUGAAAGCACUAAUCGUGAAAACAAAACGUGCAAUCUUUCCGAGAAAGAUUUUUAGGACUACGAGGUCAUUUAUGAGAGACAAUUUUAUGCUAAUUAUCCAAAUGUUACUGGAAAACCAGAUGCACGUGUGUUUUUAUAUUUAAAUGAGAAUGAUUGAAUGAGAGGAAGGUGAUAGUAUACUUUGUGUUCUCUGAAAUGUCAAAGCAAAGCACCAAAGUCAAUAAAUCAGAUGAAUGUUCGUCUCUCAUGUGAUGUAUGAAGAGAUGCAGGUGAUUUUUCUGCAUUUUAGGGU